CAUUUGCAAGGCAUUCCUUCAUGCAUUCAUGGCAAACCCCAAGAAUGCUUCGUUUGGUCUCGUACCUUCUGCAGCAGUCAAAGCACUACCAGCAGAGGACCGCAAGUUGCUCUUGAAGAGCACAAGCCGCGAGUCCUUCGCUGCAAAGCGCCUACCUGUUCCUCGAAGUUGUUUGAAGUGCUGUACACAAUCCCUGGGUGAAAUACAUUGCAUCGGUGAGAGGCGAACUUUGCAUGCGGGGCUUCAGCUGAAAGUUGCAGAAUUGCACAACCGCAACAUGUGCGAGUAUACCUACAACUUCAAAGAGAACCCACUCCUUGGAGCAGGCAUCAAUCGGCAGCUUGCAGAAUCGUUCAGAGAUGGCAACAGGUCAACGAAGCCUCCACUGGCCGUGCCUUCACUGCGCCUAGUAGGCAGGAUUUGCGCCAUGCGCGAUUGCGCCCAGGUGUGCCAGAGUAUCGCAGGGCAGAAGACUCCCUUGGCUUUGGGUCAUCAAAGAGCUCUGAAACGAGGUCUGCAUCUCAUCUUGGGCAUGCAAGCCUCCCCAUCGACCUGUUGGAAACUUCUGCACACUGGACUGUCAAGGACAAUCUGGGGCCUUGCUUUGGAGCAAAGGGAGCUUUCAGGACCACCUACCAAGCCAGCUACAAACCGUUGACGGCACCAGCAUAUUGUCGACCACUUCGACCUUCCCAGGUCAAGUUCUCAUGGCGUCCAGUUGAGCCCACGCAGCCGGAGACGGAGUGAGCGAAGGGUUCGACUUGAAAGUUGGGACCGUGAGCGAAGCAAUUGCAGCAAUAGCUAAAGGGGUCGCGUUGAAACGUCCAAGACCAAACCCCUGUAAACAGAC